AUGACUCUCGCUAAUGAUCAUUUCGAUUCGAGCAAGAUUCAGACUUCUCCUUCUGAACAUGUGGCGAGUGACUCAGACGGGAGUAGAUGCGCCUCACCAUUUGGUGCCGAGAUUCUGUCCCAAGUGUUAGAAAAAGAGCUACUUGAUUCUAUCGACGAUGAACUUGUUCAGGUGUUGCAGAGCCAAGCGUUUCUCGGAUCCAAUUCAAAUAUUCAACCAGAGAAGCAAUUUUUCUUCCACUUUGUCAAUACCGUGUCCUACUGCAUUCCACUGCCCUAUGACGAGAGACGAAGAUCGCUCAUCGCGUUUGCCGUGCGAGAGAGCCUGAAGGAUCGGCUUGUGAUGGGUGUGAUUCUCGCCUUAGGCGCUUCUCAUUUUAUAAACACAGUGCCAUCGGAGGGAGCAGAAAUAAAAUCCCUCAUACUUGCCAAGAAAGAACUGGUUCGGGCAGCAAGAAAAGAGCAGUAUUUGCGCUUUUCAUCACAGCUCUCCCAAUGGAAAGAUGCUGCAGGUAAUUCAAUUGACCUUGAGAGAUUCCUCUUAAUAUUUGUUCUAUGCCAUGUCUUCGAGAUGUCAGAAGGGGUGUCAGAAGAGUCAUGGCUCUGGAUGGAAGAGACAAAGACAGUCUUUCUACGUGCUUUAAGACCAUCUCUUGAGGCUAGUGGAAUAAACCAAACUGCUUUUGCCAAUGAGGGCCAGUCACAAGAGUCGAUUCAAAACAAGAAUGAUCUUCUGCAUGUGUUUAUCUACAUGGAUGUCUUAGGAUGCGCUACUUCUUCUCAAAGAUAUGUGUGUCAGCCUCAGGCCAUUUACAUCUUGCAUUGGACGUCUAAAUCUUCAGAUGAUGGGAGAAUUGCCAGUGUUCAAUAUGAGGUCAUUGAAUUGGUUUCGCAGAUUACCGAUCUCCAGCUUCAAGUGACGAGCACAUCGAUUCUCUCUGCUCCACUUAUUUCCCAGUCCAUCCAUAUCUCAAAAACUAUUAACGAAAAAUUGGGACUUGGUUGCGACAACAACCUUUCGGUUGAAGAGUGGCCCAUCCUUCGGGCUUACAUUUCUUCGGCAUUUAUUUGGCUCCAUUCUAUUGUUCACCCAAAAGAAAUUUCGAGUGAGAAAAUACAGGGAGAGGCUCGCAGUGGCUUAGAUAGCCUUUCCGCAAUACCUUUUUCAUCCUGGUAUUCACUCUCUCUGUUCCCCUUUUUUCCUGAUAGGAGUGAACUGUGUGACGAGGACUGA